UCUCGCGAUACUUACCGCGCGUGCGUAGCGUCGCGCACGAAGAAGCUGAGUUGGAGGAUCAUGGCGGAGCGCAAGAGGCACAAGAAGCGGGUCCAGGAGGUGAGUGAACCCACCAAGGAGGAGAAGGCGGUGGCAAAGUACCUUCGAUUUAAUUGCCCAACCAAGUCCACGAACAUGAUGGGCCACCGAGUUGACUACUUCGUUGCCUCCAAGGCAGUGGACUGUUUGCUGGACUCAAAAUGGGCCAAAGCCAAGAAGGGAGAGGAAGCUCUGUUCACCACCAGGGACUCGGUGGUGGAUUACUGCAACAGACUUCUAAAGAAGCAGUUCUUCCACCGAGCUCUGAAGGUAAUGAAGAAAAAACCUGAGAAAGACGCCAAGAAAGAGAAAGAGGAGAAGAAAAUCAAGGGCGACAGCAGCAAAGAGGAGGAGAAAAAAGGGAAGAAAGAGAAGAAGAAAGAGUCUGAGGUUGCCGAAACCAAGAAAGAGAAAAGUGAUGACAGCCCUGGAACCCCCAAGAAGAAGAAAGAGGUGAAGAAGAAGUUUAAACUGGAGCCUCAUGAAGAUCAGCUGUUCUUGGAUGGAAAUGAGGUUUAUGUAUGGAUUUACGAUCCUGUUCAUUUUAAGACAUUUGCUAUGGGUCUGAUCCUCGUUAUUGCAGUUAUAGCCGCCACACUGUUCCCACUGUGGCCAGCAGAAAUGCGUGUUGCAGUUUACUAUUUAAGUGUUGCAGCCGGCUGCUUUGUUGCCAGUAUACUGCUUUUAGCUGUUGCCCGCUGCAUCCUCUUCCUAAUCAUCUGGCUGGUGACCGGUGGGCGCCAUCACUUCUGGUUCCUCCCCAACCUGACAGCAGAUGUUGGUUUCAUCGACUCAUUCAGGCCACUCUACACUCACGAGUACAAAGGACCUCGAACUAGCGACAAGAAGGGUUCAGACAAGACAGACGAGAAGGACGGUGGCGCCUCAGCGAAGGCUCAGAAGUCAGACAGCGACGAGAAGUCAGACAGUGAGAAGAAGGAUGCUGAUGACGAGGAAGAGGAUGACGAGGAGGAGAGCAAAGAGGCAGGGCGAGAGGAGAGCAAAGAAGCGGAGGGGGAGGGAACGGAGGAGCGCCAUUCGGACACAGACAGCGACCGUAGAGAAGACGAAGGCUCGCAGCAUAGCAACGGAAACGACUUUGAGAUGAUUACCAGGGAGGAGCUGGAGCAGCACACAGAGGAAGAGGAGGAAGAGGAGGAGGAGGAGGAGGAGACACAAGUAAGGAAAGAAGGGGAUGGGAGUGAGACUAAACUCCAGACUGCUGAAACAUAAACUUCUUCCAAUUCCAUCAGUCUCUUCUUCUCUUUGUCCUUCCCUCCCUCCCCGCUGUGAUCCCAGGACCUGAUAGUCUGGCCUCUCUGAGCCUGCAGAGAAGCUCCAUCUCAUGUUGUUGAGAUCUUCCACUAAACAGUACCGGGAUAGACACACUUAAAGGUUAAUGGCCAUGACAAUGGGGAAAACAUGUUUAAAAAAAAAAAGCCUUAUGGUGGAUCUGAUUCCACCAACCCAAAUGUUAUUUAUGCUAAAAUAAAACUUCUGCCAGACAUGUUUGCCUGAGGAACCCAUCAGACAAAUCAACAGCUCUGAUGGUUUUUUUCUUUCUUUUUUAGUUCCCUCAUGUCAUGAUGUUUUCUGUCACUUCAGCUCAAUGUUCUAUUUAUGUCCAACCAUAUUCAUUGGGAUGUUUUGUUCAUGAAGUCAGAUCUUUAUGAUUUAGAUGAGCCACAAUGUUUGAAUGACCAGUAAGAGAAGACUGGCAUCCAUGUCCUGUUUUUUUGUUUUUUGGGGGGGUUUUUUUCCAAUCAUUAUAUUGUCCUUUAAAGCUUAACAUUGCAGGUGUAAUCACCAUAGUUGUGGAGCACGCUUCACGUCCUGUUGAAUGCCAGUGAGUCUGAUAGCUUUCUCGGGCAGCACUUUAGACAGAAUGCGCUCAGCUGAAACCUGAACUUAGCCAGAUUGGACCAAAUCCUGUAUUUAAGUCAAAGAAAACUGUUAUCAACCAUUUUGAGGAAGAUUGGGUGUUUGGACAGCAGAGUAUUUUGGCUCUUGAGGUACUAGUCAUUUUCUUUUUUUCUUUUUUAAAUUGCUCAUGAUCAUAGUGCAAUCCUCCACCCAGUGUGAAAUGCUUCUAGUUCAUGUGACUUAUCUUAAGAGUAAAUAUAAACAACUGGGACACAGCUGGCUUAAUUAAUGUUCAUUUACUUUUUUAAGAUUGUAGAAUUUGCUGAACAACUAAAGUCAUAAGAAAUUGUUUUUUUUUAUUAUUAUUAUUUACUACCAGAACCACAUACAAAGUAAACUAUAGUGCCAUACAGCUGAUAAUAAUUGUAAAUCAUACUUUAAUACACAAAGUGGAGUGUGAACGAUAGAGGGGGGGUUGUGACUUGUUAAUUUGGUUAUUUUGUAACUGCAGUGUCAAACUCCUCCAUUCUUUAAAAAAAAAAAAAUAUAUAUAUAUCAAUAUAUAUCUCAGAAACAGCUAAACAAAGAUUUUUUUUUUUUUUUGGUCUCAAUGAAACCAUUAAAAACUCGCACAAGCCAUCAUAUGAAUACAGAGCGUACCUUUUCAAGCUAGCUCCUGAAGCCAGCUGAGGCUGGUGGCUGUGGCCCAGUUACAGAGGUCCAAGCUAUUUCCUUCACAUUAUCCUCUGGCUAGAAUUGUCUUAGAUACUCUUUUUAGUCAUAGUGAUUUAUAUGUCAUUUAUAUGUGAACUCUAUUGAUAUAUCAGAUAUAUGCAUACAAUACUCUAAAGUUUAUGAAACAAGGUUUUUUUUAUGUUAGCAGGUGAAACAUCGUUCGCCAGUGUUUUUGUUUUUUUUUCUUUUGUUACAAUCACCACAUGUACUCAUUUAAAUGUAGCAUUUGGCAUUAGAAAAAUGGUGGGAAUCUAUUGAAUAUCAGGAUUUUUACAUUUGCAACUAUUUUGUUCAAUGUGAUCUGGUUGGUUGUGUGCUGCCACGUCAGCAUUUCUCCAUCAACGAUCAGUCAUUAACUUCAGGUUAUAAAACCAGUGGCUUGUGUAACACUGCCACAAACCUACCAGCUCCCACACAAUCCGGUUUAAUAUUUUUAUAUUUCUACACAGCUGUAUUUUUUAUUUUUGUUUCUCUUUGAAACAAACUCGUCCAGACUAUAUUUAUUUGGUUUUAUCCCACUGAGGUGUGUAGUUCUGUCUGUCUUACAUGUCUCCAUGUUUUAUAUAUUUUUUUUUCUUUUCCUUCCCUUCUCUAAACAGGCAAAGUGCACCUCUUGUUUCUUCAGUUGCCAGCGUGCCCGUUGUUAGACUAAGAAUAUUGGCAUAACCAUUUCACAUAAAAAAAUAAAAGUCUAUUUUCCCAGUUGUUCUUGACUGUUGCACAGUAUCGGUCUCUUGUGUAUUGUAGUAUUACUCUCUUUGCUGCUGCUUCUCAUCGCACAUUUCUGGGGGAAAUAAAGUGAAAAUGUUGAAUUUUCCACAUUCUAUCUCUGGUCAAGAACCGUCUUUUGAUCAUCUAGUUGUCCACAUUUGGAUCUAUAUCAUUCUCAAGACCGUCUCCUGCAAUAUUGGAGUGUAAUUUAAUAAAAUUGGAUGUCUGGAAUAUAACUGUGUUAUCAUUGCAAUAAAAAUAUACAAAGCA